AUGCAUGCCCUACUCUACGCCGCCGGUCUACAAAAUCUUGUCCUCUUGCCCGGAUCCCCCAGUUACAUAGACCGCCAGUCCUCAUACUGGGCAGCCAACACCCCCUUGCACCCGAAAUGCAUCGUCCAGCCACGCACGACAGAGCAAGUCUCCCUGAUUAUCAAAACACUCGCCAAAGUCAAAGGGCCUCUUGCCAUUCGCAGCGGCGGUCAUACGCAGUGGGCAGGUUCCAAUGAUGUCCAUGAUGGUGUCACAAUCGACUUGGGCGAAAUGGCGGAAGUAAAAUACGACAAGUCAUCGAAGCUAGCUUCAAUCCAGCCUGGGUCACGAUGGGGCAAUGUAUUUCAAGAGCUUUUGAAGCAGCAAGUUUGCGUGGCUGGUGGACGUGAUGGCAACGUUGGUGUGGGCGGGUUCCUGACUGGCGGAGGGAACUCAUUCUUCUCCGGUCUCUACGGUUUCGGCUGCGACAACGUUGCCAACUUUGAAGUCGUCCUCGCCAGUGGGGACAUCAUCAACGCGAAUAGCAGCUCCCACAGAGACCUCUGGAUUGCUUUGAAAGGCGGCUCGGGAAAUUUCGGCAUCGUCACGCGGUUUGACAUGUACACGUUUCCUGCACACGAUCUCUGGGGAGGUGUCCGCGCUUCAAUGAGAAGCGAAGGAGACGCUCUUGCGCAAACCAUGGUCGACUUCACGAAUGGAAAUGACAAGGAUCCACAAGCUGCGUUUAUGUUGAGUUUCGACUACAAUCCUGCUGCGGCACCGGCGGUUUUCGUUACCCAGUUGAUCGUAAAUACCAAUGGAUCUGCAAAUGGAUCGACAUUCGAGCAGAUUGAAAAGAUUCCAGCAGUGGCAGACGACAUCAAGGAGAGGAGCAUGGCUAGCAUGGCUACUAGCUACAGCCUUCCGAGCGGCCGACAGCAAAACUGGUUCUCACUCACCUUCAAAAACGACGUCAAGAUCAUCAAGCGCGUCAGUGCGAUGCACGACGAGCUCGCAGCACAACUCUCGACAUUGAUAACCCCCCAAAACUUCUCGACGUCGUGCCUCUUCCAGCCCAUGCCAAAGCUCAUCGCCCAGCACUCAACACAGCGUGGAGGCAACGUCAUGGGACUUGAUCAGGUCAAGGAGAACGCGCUUCUAUGGUCGAUCGUCGGCUCCACGCAGACACCCGCAGAACAUGCGAUUAUGCGGGAGAAGCUGCUGGCUUUCGUCGCAGCUGUAGAGGCUUACGCUAUGUCCGAGGAUCUCAAUGUCGAUUGGCGCUACUUGAACUACGUCGAUUCGACGCAGGAUCCACUCAAGAGUUAUGGGCAGAAGAACGUUGACUUCAUGCGUGACGUCGCGGCGAAGUACGAUCCAAGUGGCAUGUUUCAGAAGAAGAUUGUGUCGGGUUGGAAGAUAUCGAAACUGGAUGCGCAACCUUGAUAGAUAGAUAUGUAUUAAAAGCCAAUGCCGAAUUUAUUUGC